AGCGGUUGCAGUCGAGGUCGCGAGAAGCUUUCCAGAAACGUCUGCCGGUUCCAGGGACGAAGCGAAGCCGUCUUAAAGCCUUAUUUCCCGCCCCGAGAGCAGAAUGCGUGAGUGUAUCUCUGUCCAUGUUGGCCAAGCCGGUGUCCAGAUAGGCAAUGCCUGCUGGGAGCUGUACUGCCUGGAACAUGGCAUCCAGCCUAACGGACAGAUGCCCAGUGAUAAGACAGUUGGAGGGGGCGAUGACUCCUUCAACACGUUCUUCAGUGAGACGGGAGCUGGGAAGCAUGUCCCACGCGCUGUGUUUGUCGAUUUGGAAUCCACUGUAAUUGAUGAGGUCCGCAGUGGUACCUACCGCCAGCUGUUCCACCCUGAACAGCUGAUCACCGGAAAGGAAGAUGCUGCCAACAACUAUGCUCGUGGGCACUACACCAUUGGUAAAGAGCUGAUUGACCUGGUUCUGGACAGGAUUCGUAAACUGGCGGACCAGUGCACUGGACUCCAGGGUUUCCUCAUCUUCCACAGCUUCGGGGGAGGCACUGGCUCCGGCUUCACUUCCCUGCUGAUGGAGCGUCUCUCUGUUGACUACGGCAAGAAAUCCAAGCUUGAAUUUGCCAUCUACCCUGCUCCUCAGAUCUCCACAGCGGUGGUGGAACCCUACAACUCCAUCCUCACCACACACACCACCCUCGAGCACUCAGACUGUGCCUUCAUGGUAGAUAAUGAAGCCAUCUACGAUAUCUGUCGUAGAAACCUGGACAUUGAUCGUCCAUCUUACACUAACCUAAACCGAUUAAUUGCACAGAUUGUAUCUUCUAUUACAGUUUCUCUUCGCUUUGACGGUGCUCUGAAUGUAGAUCUGACCGAGUUCCAGACCAAUUUAGUGCCAUACCCACGUAUCCACUUCCCUCUCGCCACUUAUGCCCCUGUGAUCUCGGCUGAGAAAGCUUACCAUGAGCAGCUGUCUGUGUCUGAGAUCACCAACUCCUGCUUUGAGCCAGCCAACCAGAUGGUCAAGUGUGACCCUCGUCAUGGCAAGUACAUGGCAUGUUGCCUGCUCUACCGAGGUGACGUAGUGCCAAAAGAUGUCAAUGCCGCUAUUGCCACCAUCAAAACCAAACGUUCCAUUCAAUUUGUGGACUGGUGCCCAACUGGGUUCAAGGUUGGCAUCAACUACCAGCCUCCCACUGUGGUGCCCGGUGGUGACCUGGCCAAGGUGCAGCGUGCAGUGUGUAUGCUGAGCAACACCACAGCCAUAGCUGAAGCCUGGGCUCGGCUUGACCACAAGUUUGAUCUAAUGUAUGCCAAGCGUGCCUUUGUGCACUGGUACGUGGGGGAGGGGAUGGAGGAGGGGGAGUUCUCCGAGGCUCGUGAGGACAUGGCGGCCUUGGAAAAGGACUAUGAGGAGGUCGGAGCAGACAGCGUUGAGGGCGAGGAUGAAGAAGGUGAAGAGUAUUAGAUUUUAAUUCAGGAUUCCAGAGAUUGUUGUGGAGGAUGACUGAGUGAGGCUGUCACAUUCCACUUCCGCCCUCGUGAAGGGGAACAAUGCCGUGGUCGCGAGCAUUUGCUUUUUUUUGCCUCCCUUUAAUUUUAACUGAAUGAAAGCAAGCGUUUUGUAUUGCGCAGAAUAGCGCCCAGUCACCCUUUUCUGAGUGUGGGGCGGGGGGGAAGUGUUUAUAUUUAAAUUUGGAGAACGGGAGAAAUGAACUUCAUUAUUCCUGAUUAUGAGAGCCACUGAUUCUGAAUAGAUGAUUUAUAGAUAGGGAAAUAUGUUUGGAUCACUUAUUCUGUUUGAAUUGUAAUUGUUAAACGCCACCGAUUUUAAUGCCUGCCGUUCACUACCCGCACCUUGUCCUGUGGCAGAGCAGUAAAGCAUCGACUCUAGAAUAAAUUGAAGUAACAAUUCCACUUGCUUGGGAGCGUGCUCUCUGAUGAUUUAGCUGCCGUUUGGUUAAAUUCUCGGCAGAAAAGAUGGUUGCAAAAUGUUCAUCCACAUUAGUUUAAAUGUUCCACGUUUAAGGUUCCCAACACCGAGUUGUAUUCAAGCGCUCUGAGACACUCCCCCCGCGUGAUAGAAAGGGCGCAGUAGAAAUGCAAGUUGUUCAUCGUUGCAUGUGAACUUCGGAGCUGCAAAAAGUGUGGGUGUUAUCGAAUUAUUCCUGUUGAAAUAAAAUUCUGUUUUUUGCUUU